AUGAGGAACUCUGCAUUCGUCGCUCAGAUCUGGUUUCUUGCAGCCGAGCUCAUCCUUAGCAUCCUCCUCCUCGGCGCUACGGGCACGUACAUCGCCUUCCGCCCGCAGCUAUGGUCUCCGUUUAACGGUCUCGCAGCGUACUCCGGCUUGACGGUACUCUACACUGCUACCUACUUGACGGUACUCUGUGUGACGCAGAUCUCGUGGUUCACGAGCAUGGUGGCCGACGCCUUCUUCCAGGGUAUCCUGUGCGCUGGUGGGCCUGUGUGCCUGGGUUUCGCCAUCAACAUGACCCUCGAGGAAAUGCAGUCCCUGGACAAGGUCAACAUCAACGCCGCUGUCGUCAUCUUCCUGGGUCUUGCCUUGGCGCUGAUCCAAUGGUUCCACCUCUGGAUCAAGGUCAUCCUCGUGCUUGCCAAGUGCGGUGGCAGCUGGACUGUGUGGAAGCAGUCGUUCUGCAACCUGAUGGAUCGCAACCAGCCCCGAGACAUCCUCGAUGACUUCACGAUCGUUAACCCCAUCCAUGACAACGGCAAGCGCCUAUCGGAGACGGAGCCCAUCUACGGGGAUGCGUUCGAUGAGCCGGGCAUCGAGACGCCGCCUCGGGUUAGCACCUCGACAGUGGGCGAGAAGGACUGGAUCCGAAGCAAGUAUAGCAUCAACGACAAGUCGCCUGCCAGCACGGCGCCUGCGUUAGCAUAUGACCCCUUCCCAUGCACGACGAUGGACUUCGACGUCCCCGUUGUUGAGGCAAGCAAGCCUGGCUCGCCGAUCUACACGCUGCCCGCCUCACACGCUUCGCAUCGGUACUCGAAUGAGAAUCUGAGCGCGCUGCCAUCGGAUGAGAAUCUCCCCAGUGCGCGGUAUGCACCGGACUCGCGGCGCCAGAGUACCACGUCGUUUGACUCGCGCAUCUCGGGUGAGUAUACCCGCCCAAGCUUUGACAUCUACAGGUCCCACUCGGGCAACAGCUAUCGACUGGUCGACGCGAGCAGGCCGCCCUCUCUCGACCUGUACCGCGUCGAUCACUCUGCACCCCAGCCGGUGCGCCCGGCGCGUACCCCAUCGCUGCAGGCGCAGCGCCCCGCAUUCGACAUCUAUCAGGAGUACCAGGAGGAGGACGGCUCUGACGAGCGCGCGUCCACACUCUACGAACCUACGUCUUCCAUCUACGACCCCUCCCCCGUGGCACACUACAACCAGGCAGCGUUCAGCCAGACGGCUGCUAGUUACGAGCCGUACGAUCCAACGCAGUCAUCACGUUACGCCGAGCCCCCCUCCUCGGUCUACGACUACAGCACCCCUUAUGACCAGCCCUCACCUUAUGACCAGCCCGCUCCCUCUGCCCCGCGUUACACUUCCCCGUCCCCGCGGUAUGAGCAGCCCGCCACUCCGCGUGGGACGCGCAGUGCUCAUGGCCACGGCGCGCGGCCUCGCUCAUCGAACAUGUCACGUCCCAAGUCUUAUCACGGUCACUCUCACCCACCCGUCGCCCGGUCCAAGUCCUAUGUCGGCAACUCGUACGAGAACCCUCCCCCGCCUGCGCGCUCUAAGUCGUAUGGCCACAACCGAGCUCCCGAGCAGCAGCCACGCGCACCUCCCCCCGUCCGCCGGCACUCGCAGGAUGACUCGGGACGCCGCUGGUCCCAGUCAUCUUACUCCAGCCUCCCCCGCGUGCCCAGCAUGCUCCGUCACAGCGAAGUGUCGGACAGCGCGGUUGAGUAA